UGCAAAUGAAACUAUGUUCAUCUAGAGGCCUGGAGUUUUAAUUUUGCUAUUGAGUUUGAUAUCUUGUUCCAUGGACGUUCUGGCUUCUGAAAUGACUGACCUGAAUUCCCAGAUGCCUGACUUCAGUUCAGUGAAAUCAAUCACUGUGUAUACUGGUAACGUGGUGAGGUGGUGCCAAUCUGCAAGAAGAUAUCCAAUGACACCGGAGCAAGAGAUUCUGGACUGUAUCAAGGCUGCUUUGGUUGAAUGGGUUUCAAAGUUCAAUCCAGAUCAAGUUGAACUGAAGGGAUUAGCAGAGCACGUUGUUUGCAAUCUUAUGCAGGAUCAUGAGAGGAUUGAAACUAAAGAGAGAGAAGACAUCAAAUUAUCAGCCAAGCUGUUCAUCUGCAGAUAUGAACCUGGAAUCAUCAAAGAGGCUGCAACGAGAGUCUGUUUAGAGCUGGGAGUGGCUCAGCUAGAUUCCAUAAUCCUUGCCCUGCCCCCAUUGCCAGAAGGGAAAUGUCGAUCCCUAGAAGAGCUGCAGCCUCCUUGGGAGGAGCUGGAGUCGCUGAUCCGAGAGCAGAAGGUCAUGUCAAUUGGAGUGUCAGACUUGGACCAGAAACUACUGGAGGCCCUUUGCCUAAGUGCACAGGUUCAACCAAGCAGCUGCCAGGUGAACCUUGCCUCUUGCUGCGUAAUACCACCUGAACUGACUGCCUGGGCUGGUGAAAAUGGCAUUCAAUUGUUGACCCAUAACGACCCUGCAGAUAUCCUCCCAGUUGAACUCUUCCAGGAAGCCCUCAGUGCCAGCCUACAGGACCCUGGCAUCUCUGAGUGGGUACCAAGGUGGAUCCUUCGCUACUCAGCAAUCAUCAAGCACAGAGGGGUCAUUGAGUCAAAAGGGUAUGUGAUCAAGGCAGAGAGAAGAGCAGAGCAUCUCUGAGUCUGCC